GAUAACAAAAAGGCACAUAUUGAUAUUGCAUGCAAUAAUUUUUGAAGAAGGUAACGAAGGUGCCAGUUGAUAUUUAUUGGUAGCUGGGUGCAGUGAGGGCAGCCAAUGGCUGCUGCCGGCACUUGGUAUGUGCGCGUGCUGCUGUUACUGGCCGCUGUCUGGGUGGUGGUGGUGUUCCUCACUGUUGGCCCGCUGUCACUGGUGGGUGGCGGUGGCGGCAGCAGUGGUGCUGUCCUUGUUGGUCGCCUCAAUGCAGCUGUCUCCCAGCUGGCUGAGCUGCGUCGGCAAAACGAUGAGCUGCGGCAAAUGCUGGUCGACUUCACAGAGAUUUCUGCCAAUGCUGGCAAUGAUAACACAGCUACCAUCCAGAAGUUGAAGCAUAAGCUGGCUGAAGCACCUCAGCGUUUGUCAAUGUCAGAGCCGAGCUUGGAGUACGAGCUGGCGCGAAGGCAGAGCCGGCGCGACGCGGACGAGCUGUGGCGCUUUGUGCGCGGUGAGCUGACUGCCUGGCGCAAGGACGACUCUGCCAAAGCUCCACCGGUGGCCAGGAGGCUGGAGAAACUGCAGGACAGCGUGCGACAGUAUCACGCGGUAAUACGCGGUGAUUUGGCCAACCUGACUGUGGCCGACGGCUGGGAGACGUGGCGCCGACGAGAGGCCGAUCAGCUGGCCGACCUGAUGCGGCGUCGGAUCGACUUCCUGCAGAAUCCGCCGGACUGCGCCACCGCCAAAAAGCUUGUCUGCAAUCUGAACAAGGUCUGCGGGUUCGGCUGUCAGCUCCACCACGUCGCCUACUGCCUUACCGUGGCAUACGGCACGGGGCGCACGCUGGUUCUCAACUCGCGCAACUGGCGCUACAACCGCGCCGGCUGGGAGCAGGUGUUUCAGCCGCUGAGUGGCACCUGCCAGGACGCCGGCGGACGCUCCAAGGCAGCCUGGCCCGGCACGGCCGACACCCAGGUGUUAACGCUCCCCAUCAUUGACGUGGUGAGCCCCCGACCUCCGUACCUGCCGCUCGCGGUACCGGCCGACCUGGCGGACCGCCUGGCCCGCCUGCACGGCGACCCCAGUGUCUGGUUCACGGCCCAGUUCGUGAGGUACCUCAUGAGGCCGCAACAACACCUGCAGAACGACCUGGACGCGUUCGUGAAACGGGUCCAACUGCGAAACCCCUGCGUCGGGAUACACGUGCGUCGCACGGACAAGGUGGGCACCGAGGCGGCCUUCCACCCUAUCGAGGAGUACAUGCAGCACGUGCACGAGUUCUACGAGAGGCGUCAGAUGGAGGCCGGUGGCGGGGAUGGCAGCCGACGCUGUGUCUACCUGGCCUCGGACGAUCCGUCCGUGUUCCAGGACGCCGUCAACAAGUUCCCGGACUACACGUUCCUGGGCGACCCGAGCGUCUCCAAGACUGCAGCCGUCUCUUCGCGGUACACGGACGCCUCGCUGCGCGGAGUCAUCACCGACAUCCACGCGCUGUCGCUGACCGAUCACCUGGUCUGCACGUUCUCGUCACAGGUCUGCCGAGUGGCCUACGAGCUGAUGCAGACCAUGCACGUGGACGCGGCCGACUGGUUCACCUCUCUGGACGAUAUAUACUACUACGGCGGCCAGUCGCCGCACGAGCAGACGGCCCGGUUCGCUCACCAGCCGGCCGACGGGUCGGAGAUCGCCCUCAGUCCAGGAGACACGGUCGGCAUCGCCGGUAACCACUGGAACGGCUACUCCAAAGGCGAAAACCGGCGGCUGAAGAAGGUCGGCCUAUACCCGGCGUACAAGACGCGCGACAAACUGCGAGUAGUCGAGUUCCCGCGGUACCCAGAGGUACCGCUAGUUCUCUGAUAGUCCGCAGGUACCGGUAGUGCUCUGGCUCGCUAAUGGCGAAUGGUUGAGGUUCGCGGUACCCUCAGGUGCUCCCUGAUGCUCUGCGGUACCGUAGGUGCCCUCCGAUCGUCUACGGUACCAGAAGGUGCUCCCCAAUGGCCCAUGACAUCUGGUGGUGCCCUCCAAGGAUCCCUUUUACCCAGAAAUGCGCUAUGCUGGCCCAAUGUACUCGAAGGACGUUUCUGAUAGCCCUCGAUAUUCGUGUUCCCAUCGGCUAUCAUUGAUCGUCCCGACAGCUGCGACUUUGAGUGUCGACUGCGGCCAGAGUCCAUUCGGCAUUCUAUGCCCGGCCGGCCGGUGCCGGUGGCCACAAGUUGGCCUAACUCGCCGACCGGCAGUCUGCGCCGUGAGGUACCUUCGGAGUGACACCCGACCGUUCGGCUGGAGCAGCUGGCAGAGCCGUGCCGCCGGCCGGGUCGGGAGAGGUCGUGGGCAGAUCCAUGGUUCAGGGAUGCGCCAGACACAGGGUAUCGAACCGUGUAUGCAACUGGCCGGUGCUGUGUCUUACAUUAUGCUUUUAGGGACCAUCGUCUUCGCGACAUGAUAGUAGGAGCAGUUGUUUUUUUUCGUUUUGCGAAAUUUCUUCCCAGGUAUUACUAUUAGUGUAGUGUUUGCAAAAUGUCAUGGCUAAGCACUGUCUAGGGGUUGUCAUUAUCCGUCGUUUUCUGCCUGUUCGUGGGGCAAGAGUGCCCUGCCGGCGUGCGGUCUCGCUGGCCGUCUGUGAGGAAGGGAGGUGUGCGUUUGUGUGUGGGUGUGAGGGGCUGCGUGUGCGGGCUAACUGUCCACCGUUGGGUUUUCUGUCCGCCCCGAGGGUUGGGAUAGACGCAGGGCGACCAGAAGGUGCUGUCUGGCGGUGCGGUGUCGCUCGCUGCCGCACGACAUCGUCCGCCGCGGUAGCUCCUUCCCAGCCCCUGUUGGGUGCAGUGUACGGGCUCUGGGUCGCCCUGCUGCGGGUGCCGACAGGCGGCCGUCCCUGGCCGUGCGCUGUGGCCAGUCCGAGGCAUUCCUCGCUGUGAUAUGGAUGCAGACCGCCUGCCGUGAAUUGGGACUUUGGUUCGGUGGUAUCCGAUCUACUGCUGUGCUGUUUUAAGCGGACGGGAUUAAGUUGUUGGUGCUUUGUGUUAUUAUUGGUGUUUUAUUGUUAUUUCGGUUUAAGGACAUCGAUUUAGCUAUCAUUUAUGUUUAGCUUCUAGACUACUGGUACCCUUAGACAUUAAUAUUUGUCUCAGUUGCCAAUGCUUCAAAUUAGGCGGUUUCUUUUUAGCAUUCCUUAGUCCCCAUUACACGCCAAUUUAGCAAUACGACCCAGCGACAUCGGCAUCAGAUGCAUGUCGUCUGGACAGUGGUUACUUCAUGGUUGAUUCGGUUCACUCCAGUAGUCUGAAGCCGUCAUAAUGAUAGUAGUUCGAGCCGCCCGGGCCGGUGACCCCAGCCGGCCGACGGGCUGCUGGGCUGGACUGCUGAGCUCUUAGUACUUCCGCCAGUAGCUGCUGGCCCAUGGGCUACUGCUGGCUCGAUCAGUGCUGCCGACAUGACUGCUGGUUCGUUCAGUAUUACCGGUAGGAUACCGGUGUUUUCAGCAUUACUGGCGAGGCUGAGCUGGUCUGUCGGUAUUGUCGGCGUACUGGCAGCUGGUCAGUUCAGUAUUACCGGUGGGAUGCUGGUCCGUUCAGUGCUCGUCCAUUCAGUACUGCUGUGCGCAGCGGGUCCGCCCAGAGCUCCGGCAGGCUCUACUGGUCUCUCGGUGCUGCCGCAUUGCCGAUGUCGCUAUCGGACCUGAUGAACCCAUCUCCAAAUUGGAUUGACGCUGCUCGCAUUGGGACAGUCCCCAUGCAAAAACGUCCACAAGAGUCUCUUCUUACGACUGUUCAACGACAAGCUUCCGCUAAAAGCGUUCUAGCGUUUUCGGCGUUUUCGGAGGUGCCGUAUCUUCGCAGAAUUAUGAGGUUUUGCUUCGCCGAUGGUGGUGACCAAUGGUCAUGUCUGUGAUAUGCUGACCUAGACGGCUUACAACGAUGGUACGCAAUUCCGCAUUCAUCGGAUGCGUUUUUGUUGGUCAUAUUUUGGCUUUACCUUACCUAUUUAACGAAUUAACGAAAGAAACGAGAUCGACUCUGGGAGGCGCCGGCUUGCGAGGUGUUGAUAAGUAGUUGUGUACGCGAUCCAUCCAGUGCGUAUUUUACGAAUGUGUGUGUAUAUUCCACAGUGUUUUCUCUGCGAUACUUAUCCAGCCUCACGGCAUUCUUCGAAGACUAACUUAAUUUAUGCUUGUAACCUUGAUCACUAUUCACUAUUGCUGCUUAUUGCUGCGGCACUUUUCCUUGCAGUGAUGCGAGCCACACGUUUGCUGUUGUCGCAGUCUUAGCUUGUCAAAGUGUGCCUCACAUUUAGCCUGCCGCAGGCAUUACACGCUAUCUGGUCUAUACAUGUUUGAUAUCCACGGCUGCACACGCACUUUUGGACCGUUUUGUGCGCUAGCAGCGUCUCCUAGUCUCGACUGCCGAGUUCUUCUCUUGGCUGGCUUUUCUGCCGUAUUGCUCUCUAUACAAUAGAUUCAUAAUCUCACGUUUUUUGGUGGUUCGUCUUGCCAGCGACGAGCUGACUGUCUUCUUCACUCUUUCUACACUUCCCUCUGAGUGUCCAUUGGCCGUGCACUUUUCAGCACGUUUUGUUGUGCUGGGUGGAUAAAUAACUGAUGGUGCCGAGACAUGUCUACCAACCACUGUGUGAGCAAUGUUCGAGCGUUGAACGAUGUCUACGGAUGCUAUUUAUACGCUAGUUUGUAGAUGAAGUGCGCACUGAAAUACACAUGUAGCAGGUGU